AAUUUCAGUGGGGAACAAGUUGCAAGCUAAUAAAUAGUCAAUUUUCUCUUGUGAAAAAUAUCAAAAAAAAGAGAAAAAUGCGUGGACGCGGCGGAUUCAUUCCACGUGGAAGUGGUAACACACGCGGUGGCUAUUACAAUAAUCGCAACUCGAGCAAUUACGUGAACACACGUACCCAGGGAAACUACCGCCCCAACGGGGGACGCUACGAGAACAACUACCACAACAACAACAACCGCUACAGCGGUGGAGGAGGAGGAGGCGGUGGCGGCAACAAUAGCAACUAUGACAACCGCAGCCGCGACAAGUUCACCCACCAUAAUUCGAGCAGCAGCGGGCGCUACGAGUCCAGCUCCAGCCACAAGCGCAACUACAAUGAUUCAUCACGUGAUCGCAGCGAUGAGCGCAGCAAGCGUCCGCGCAUAGACGAUUAUCGUCGCACGUCCUCGUCAAACGAUCGCAGCGAUCGCCCAUCGUCAUCAUCGCAGAACGUUGGCUCCUCAUCGUCCAACUACCAUCAGCGCAGCAACACCGGCGGAAGCGCUAGCUCGAGCUCGUAUCGCCCGCGCGAUGACUCGAACUCUGGUAGCCGGAAUCAGCGCGAGUCGUCAAUGGGACCGCCAAAGCGUAUGAUGCGUAGUGUGGCCGGCACCAAUUAUAUAUCGCGCCCACGCGGCUCAAUGUCCAUGCGUGGAGGCGGCAUGACACGUGGAAAUAUGCGGGUUGGAGCCAUGCGCGUUGUGCGUACCCGCAACGUCAACGAGUCCAAUGAUCUGCGCACCAUGCGCCGCCAGUUGCUUUAUGCACAGCAGAAAGAUCGGGCUCGCCUGCUUAAGAUUCAACAGCUGAAAAGCUCGUUGCGCCGCCAACGCCUGGGAGGGAAUAGCAGCGAUAAUUCCAGUGACAAUGAGGACAAGGAGGACGAUGAUGCUGAGAAUAGCAAGAAGAAGAAAGGCAAAGACAAUGACGAUGACGAAGACGUCGACGAAGACGACGAUGAUGAUGAGAAGGAUGCCGUCGAUGGUGAGAAGAAGGGCGAAAAGAAUAAGAAGUCACCUAGCAAAAAGCGCAACAGCAAGUCGGCAAACGAGGACAAGAGUGACGCCGAAGGCGGCGACGAUGAUGAUCAUGAACGCGACGACGAUGAUGAUCAGGAGAAGUCCUUGAAUGAGUCUGAUAGCAAGAAUGCCAAAGCCUCAGAUGACGACGACAAGGUAAAGGCUGAAGAUGAGAGUGCCGAUGGCGACAAGUCUGAAGACAAGGCCAAAUCCAGCACAGCCGAUAAGACAGGUAAGAAAAAGGAUAAAGAUGGCGACGCCACCAAGGACACUAAGGACUCCAAGUCAAAGAAGACGCCCAGCAAGAAGGAGCGCUCACGCAAAGACAAGGACGACAGUGACGAUGAGAACAGCAAGGACCAUCGCAGCUCGCGCCAUCGCGACGAUGACCACAACAACCGCAAGCGCAGCUUCAUUAAGCUCACUUGCGUCCACUGCAACUGCAAGUGUGUGACCUUCAAGGAGUACAACUACCACUUGAACUCGCGCACUCACAAGAACGCGAUGCGCCAGGUGGCCCUCAACCAGCGGGCCGAUCUACAGCGUAUGCGCGCCCGUCAGCGCACAACUCAGCGCGAGAUCGAGGAGAACAGCAAGGAGGAGCACGAGUCGCGGUAUUGUCGCCUCUGUCGCCUGGCCUACCGCCAGCAAAAGAAUCUGCAUCAGGCCUCCGAGCACCACAAGACCAUCAAGAAGUUCCUCAUGCCCUACUGCGGCUCCUGCCACUUGGCAUUCAAGAAUGCCAUGCUCUAUGAGAAUCAUCGUUGCUCCCUGGAGCAUAUCCGCAACAAGGCCAGAAACGAUGAGUCCGGCUCGGACGAUAGUGUCGAUGAGCGUGAGAUAGAUUUAAAUAAAUUCCUUACGGUGGACUCUGUUGGUGAGACCGAUGUCGACGUGAUGGAUGCCGAUGUGGAUGCUAUGGUAAUGGAGGCUGAAACCGCUCAGAAGAGUACUGACGAGGAGACGCGCAAGCGUGGCAUGAUUGGCUCAGACUCCAUCAAGGCCAUUGAGGCUUUCUAUUGCGGCCUCUGCAAUCAUUACUCCAAUAAGACGGACGAUGUUUCUUUGGAGGAUUACACCAAAAAGCAUUGUCUGCAGCAUUCCCACGUCAAGGCGUUCUUGCGUCAAAAGGAGGAAACCGAAAAGAAGAACCGUAAAGAUGAUGAGAACGAGGAUGACAAAAAGGCUGGCGAUGACGAGGCAGAUGUCGAUGAAGAAAUGGAUGCUGACGCCAAAAUCGAUGAGGAGGAUGACGAAGACUAUGGGGAUGCUGAAAUUGGCGAUGAACCCCAAGAUGAGAAUCUAUGGGAAGAGGUCGAUAAGGACUUGGGUGACCUGCUCGCCGAAGUGGAUCCGAUGAGCCACGAGGAGGAGGAAGAAGAGGACGAAUCUGUCCUCAACAUUGACAUUGAAAGCGAAAAAAACAAGCUUAAAGAUGCCAAAGAGGAAGCAAAUGGCGAUGAUGAGGAGGAGGAGGAGAAGAAGGCCGCCGCUCCGAAAGAAAAUGCGCCAGCAGUCGUCAAGUCUGCAGAGAAAAAGACCACCGCUGCCACUGCCGGCGCAGCAGCGGGCUCUGCUACAUCCACACCAGCCAAGACACCUGCUGUCAAACAGCCGGUCAAGAAAGCACCGCCCAAGGCAGCUGCGGCCAAAGUCGGCAAACCAGGCCCGGCUUCAACCAAGCGCAAUGUCUUGGUCAAUGUGAAACGCACAUCGGCGGCGGCCAUCAAAGCUGCCACCAAGUCUAGCAAUGCGGCAGCCGAUUCCAAGUAAGCUGGAAGCAAGCACCAACAAAAAUAACAAUAGUAACACAAAAUAUUAAUGUACCAACAAAAACA